ACUAUACAGUAGUAGUCUUAGAUCAUUAGUAGUAGUUCAUCCAAAGUUGCCGCCAGACCAUCAUGGCUACAGCUUUUAGGCUAUGGCUUCUAGUCUCGUGUGGGCUGCUUCUGGCAGUGGCGUGCCAUGGCCUGCAGGUGGGCUUCUACCAGAAGACCUGCCCCAAGGCGGAGGCCAUCGUGAGGGCCGAGGUGCAGAAGGCCGUGCGCAGGGACCCCGGCCUCGGCGCGGGCCUCCUCCGUAUGCUCUUCCACGACUGCUUCGUCGAGGGUUGUGAUGCGUCCAUCCUGCUCGACCCGACGCAGUCGAACCCGCGGCCGGAGAAGAAGGGCCCGCCGAACGACGCCAGCCAGCGGAGCUACGAGGUGAUCGACGCGGCGAAGCGCGCCCUGGAGAAGGCCUGCCCCGGGGCGGUGUCCUGCGCCGACGUCGUCGCCUUCGCGGCGCGCGACGCGUCGGACCUCCUCAGCGGCUCGCGGAUCCGCUUCUCCAUGCCGGGCGGGCGGCUCGACGGGCGGCGGUCGCAGGAGUCCCAGACGGGGGUCCUGCCGCCGCCGUUCGCCGGCCUCGGCACCCUCGUGAACAGGUUCGCCGCCAAGGACAUGACCGUCGAGGACCUCGUCGUGCUCUCCGGCGCGCACUCCGUCGGCCGGUCGCACUGCUCGUCCUUCGUCUUCGAGCGCCUCACCUCCGGCUCCGACAUGGAUUCCACCUUGGCCAACCAGCUUAAGAGGCAGUGCCCGGCGAACCCGGGCGUCGGCAACGACCCGGUGGUGGCGGAGGACGCCGUCACGCCGAACGUGUUGGACAACCAGUACUACAAGAACCUGCUGGACCGGAAGGUGCUCUUCACCUCGGACGCCACGCUGAUGUCGUCGGCGCAGACGGCGAAGAUGGUGAGCGAAUUCGCGAAGCCGGACAGGACGUGGGAGAAGAAGUUCGCCGCCGCCAUGGUGAAGCUAGCGAGCAUCGGGGUCAAGACCGCCCGGGACGGGGAGAUCAGGAGGAACUGCCGGGUCGUGAACUAGAAAGCGGGCAAAAUUAAAUUCUAGAGCGACGAUUCAUCCUAUUUGCUGUUCGUUUCCUGCCUCGAAUUUGCUUAGAAUAUCUUGGUACACUUCUCCCGCUUUGGGCGGAGCGGGAUGAAAGUUUUCUUCUUUGCCUCGUAGUCCGAAAUAAGUGUGCUUUCAGUGCUUAUACCAAGAAUCUUGCACAAAUCCA